AUGGUUAAUGGUAGGUCUCCAAAAACUGUUGUCCCGCAAGAUGAUGAAUUCAUCACAGUUAUUCAGCCAAGGGAUAAACGUGGUUGUGACGGUAAUUUUCCGCCAAGUUGUGGUCCAAAAGGCAAAUGCUGCGAUUGGCACGAUGAGUGUUAUGCGAAAAACAAAUGUAAAGCUAACAGUUGGGGAUGGUCAUGUGAGUCAUAA